GUCUUGUUAAAGUCAAAUAUCGUGCUUUUCACGUGUUUGUAUUUUGGAAAUGUAAUUGUGGUUCUAAUUUGAAAAAUAAUAAUAAAAUGAAGCAUAAAAGAUUCGAAGAGAAUAUUUUGGUGGAUGAGGCGUACACUAAUUAUGGUAAAGUUGAUAAAAAUGAGGAUCAAAAAAAAGGUGUGGGUAUUGCCAAACAUUUCGCAGAAACAUUAGAGUAUGGCGAGAGGAAGAAAUGGUUUCACCAGAUACCAGAAGAGCCAACAGCAAGUAAAUCUUUGACUCAGGAUCAAAUUGAAGAGCUUAGAAAGGAAGCAAACAGUGCCUUACAUGGUGAUACUUUAGCUUAUGAAACAAAGUCAAAUAGAAGUGGUUCAUCUGACCAACAAUGGGCCCGUACCCUUUUAAAUAAAGGUGCUAUUGGUGAUAGAGUGGCUGCUGCAACUAUCUUAAUACAGGAUAAUCCUAUUUACAAUUUGACAGCUUUAAGAAAUUUAGUCAACAAUGUAAAACCAGCCAAAAAGAAAGAUGGAAUAGUAAUUAUUGAUGCAUUAUCAGAACUUUUUGUCUCAGAAUUAUUGUUGCCCGAUUUAAAGUUACGUAAAUUUGAACAACAUUCAUUGGGACAUAUUGAUGAAAUGACAUCAGGCAAUAAGCAAGCUCGUAGAAAUAUAUUGAAACUUUGGUAUUUUGAAGAUCAACUGAAAGAAUUGUAUGGAUCAUAUGUAGAAGCUCUCAACAAAUUUGCUCACGACUCUGUCGAAGCUAACAAAGAGAAAGCUGUCAGCUCAAUGUCUUAUUUAUUGAUGCAUCAUCCUGAAAGAGAAAAGAUGUUGUUAACAAAUAUAAUAAACAAAUUAGGAGAUCCAUCUCAAGCGGUGGCAUCUAAAGUGAUAUACCAUCUUUGUCAGUUAUUAUUUAAUCAUCCCAAUAUGAAGGCAGUGGUGCUCGCUGAGAUUGAGAAGAUGUUGUUUAGAACAAACAUUUCAUCUAGAGCUCAGUAUUACGGCAUUUGUUUCUUAAAUCAAUUCUUCCUCGGCAAAGACGAUUCAAAGAUAGCUGAAAAUCUGAUACGAAUAUAUUUCUCAUUUUUCAAGGCUUCCAUUAAAAAGGGUGAGAUAGAUUCUCGUUUAAUGUCUGCGAUAUUAACGGGUGUGAAGCGUGCGUACCCUUUCGCGGACAAAGAUCGACUGGCGAUAGCGGAGCACGUGUCUGCGGUGCACAGACUGGUGCACCUCGCGGGACUUAGUGUCUCUGUGCACGCAUUAGCGCUGCUGUUUCAUAUCAGUGAUGCAUCUGAAGGUACUGCGGAUAGGUACUACACAGCGUUAUAUCGUAAACUGACUAACGCAGAGAUAUUCAACACAAGUCAUUCUGCGUUACUCUUCUCUCUCAUAUACAAGUCUUUGAAGCAGGACAAAAAUAUAGAUCGUGUGACGUCUUUUAUAAAACGAUUAUUGCAGUUAUGUUGCUAUAUGACACCCGCACAAUCUUGUGGCAUGUUGUUUUUGGUGUCACAAGUAUUAAAAGAUGGUGCCAAGAAAGAUGCUAUCAAACUAGUAUGGACUAAAAGAGAUUAUAAAGAGGAAAAAAAAGAAGAAGAAACAAUCACAGAAGAAGAUACAAAGACAGAGGAAGAUGAUAACGAAGAGAAUACAGAAGUUAAUGAGACGGUAAAUGAGACAAUUGACUCGGCAGAAGAUAUUAACGAAGAGGUUAAGGUUGAAAGUAAAAAAAUAGAUCUACUGCGAGGUGACAAGAAGGAUUUAUUAUUAGAUGACGAUGAUGAAGAAGUUUAUGUAGAUCUGAAGAUGGAUGAUGAAGGUAAUGUUAAACCGAAGAAGCGUAGAUCAGCUGCGGUCACUGGUUGGUUCCACGCUAGAGUUAAAUCAGAAGAGAAUGGAGAAGAGAAAGGAGAAAAAGAUAAAGAAAUUGUCACCAAAAUACAACUUACAAGAGCCGCUAAUACUGAUAGGGUAAUAUCAGAAUACAAUCCAUACGCUCGCAAUCCAGCGUUCGCGGGAGCUUCGUGUUCUGCCUAUUUUGAGUUACUACCACUCGCCAGACAUUUUCAUCCAACUGUUAAAUUGUUCGCCGAGAAAUUAUUGACUGAACAAAUAGUACAAUAUAGCGGUGAUCCGCUCAAAGACUUUGCCGGUAUCAGAUUCCUUGAUCGGUUCGUGUUCAAAAAUCCCAAGAAACGUGAAACACAACAAUACGGAGAGGUGAAGAAAGUUAAGGGUUCACAUCCCAAGUUUGCUAUCAGGAAAAAUUACUCCGCUAAAGGUCUGAAAUCAAUUCCGGUUAAUUCUUCAACAUAUUUAAAUGAAGAUGCAAAGAAAAUACCAGUCGAUGAGAAAUUUUUAUACGAUUUCCUCCAGAAACGUCGUGAAGCGAAGACAUCAGAUGAUGAGGACAGUGAUACAGAUUCCGUCACCAGUGAAGAUUUCAACAAAUAUUUAGAUUCUGUUACAGGGAAUAGAAGGCAAGAUUCAGAUGAUGAGUUAGAUUACUUGGCGGAGAUGGAAGCCUCUAAACAGAAACAAGGCUCUAAGAAGAAAGACGACAGUGAUGAUCAGCUGGAUGAUGAUGACGAUGAUGAUGAUGAUGGAGGAGGAGGUGAUUUCGAUGAUGAUAUUGAUGAAGAUGAAGGGGAACUUAAUAUAUCUGGUGAUGAUGAUGAACCGGAUCUAUCAGCGGACGAGGACGAACUCCGCUUAGAAGGCAGUGAUGAUGAUUUUAUUGAUGAACCUGAAAAGAAAUCUGGCAAGGGUAAAUCUAAAAUGAAACUUAAAGGUAAAGAUGAUUUAGGAUCGUUAUUCGCGUCAGCAGAAGAAUUCUCCACCCUUUUAGAAGAAACGGCAACGAGUAAAGGACAAGGUUCUAGUCAAGCUGUAUCCAACACAGACAAUGCUAGUACAAAACAAUUAGCCUGGGAACAAAAACGGGAUAAUUGGAUAAAAGGAUAUAAUAGAAAAAUACUCGGCAACAAAAAACAAGGAAAAAAGAAAUUCAACAAACAAAAUGGUAGAGAUUUCAAGAUGGCGGAUAAAAAGGGCGCGAAACGUAAAGGCGGGAACGAUGGCGGUUCUGGCGGGAAAAGAAAGAAGAAAUAAUUGCUUUUA